CAAACUGACAGCAAUUCAGUCAGUCAGCUGUCAAAUUAAUAAAAGCAAAACAAUGCGAGCAGCCUUGUUAUUUAUUUAAAUAAUACUUUAUUGUCCGUUCACAAUCAUAACUGAAAUCUUAUUCCAGGAAGUGGUCCACUUUAAUUUGUUUCAAGAAGCAAUCGUGGGCACAUUAGACCAGAUAUUUUUCAUAUUAUUGCGCGUUACUGUGACAUAACCUAUAGACGUGCUUAUUACUUUUUUAGUUAACACAAAAUGCGGUAUGCACAGUUAGUUGUGGGCCCUGCUGGCAGCGGAAAGUCAACAUACUGUUCUACGAUAGUAAAGCAUGCCAGUGACGCCAAGCGUAUAGUGGAGGUGGUGAACCUGGACCCGGCAGCAGAACACUUUGACUAUGAGCCGCUGGUGGACAUCCGGGAACUCAUACACCUGGACGAUGCCAUGGAGGAUGAGGAACUACAGUUUGGACCUAACGGUGGACUCGUUUUUUGUAUAGAAACCCUCCUAGAGAACUGUGAUUGGCUAGAAGAACAGCUAGGCGAUGUGGACGAUGACUACCUGCUGUUUGACUGCCCCGGCCAGAUAGAGCUGUACACACAUCUACCUGUCAUGAGGAAACUGGUGGACCUGCUGCAGAAGUGGAACUUCAGGAUAUGUGUGGUCUUCAUGGUGGACUCGCAGUUCAUGAUUGAUGGUGCUAAGUUUUUGUCAGGCACAAUGGCAGCACUCAGUGUGAUGGUGAACUUGGAACUGCCACAUGUAAAUAUUCUCACAAAAAUGGAUCUGCUCAGCAAGAGUGCCCGGAGACAGAUUGAUGACUACCUAGAUCCAGACCCACACGUUUUACUAGCAGACAUGAGAAACGCUAAAUCAAAAUGGCACGAGAAGUAUGCGAAGCUAACAGAAGCUAUCGGAGAAGUAGUGGAGAACUUCAGCCUGGUCCGAUUCUACCCGCUGAACAUAAAGGAUGAGGAAAGCAUUGACAAUAUAAUGCUGACGAUAGACAACAUCAUACAGUAUGGUGAGGAUGCUGAUGUCAAGAUCCGGGACUUUGAUGAAGAGGAUCCUGAUGAUACGAACUGUGAUUAAAGAUUUGUUUUGUUAUA